UCACAUAACUAUUCGGGAACCAGUACGGUUUGUGGCAUCGUGGCCAACAACUGUGUUUUAAUUAUUUUAUAAAUGGAUUAAGUGGAAGUUUAUUCGAAAUGAAUUUAGUUAUUCAAAUAUUAAUUUUGAUAUUGACAGUAUAUCUUUGUGACGCUGGCUAUGGAGUGCCAGCUUCAUAUGAUGGAAAACCGCAAUCCGAUGUCCAAGCCCCAGCGUAUGUGCCGUCGUAUCUGAAAAAUCAAAAGUUCACAAAAACGGGCUAUACUAGAUCGAACAGCUUCAGCGGGGCUAAGACUGCUUACAGGGGUACCAAAACCGGGUAUUCCGGUACUAAGACUAGUUAUGGCGGUACCAAGACAGGAUACACUGGUACCAAAUCAGGUUAUUCCGGCACUAAAUCAUAUGGAGAGAGAAGAACUUGGUACUCUAAUUCUGGACGAGCACCUAGUUAUCAAGAAUUUCAUGGAAAUGCCAAUCAACCUUAUACUGCAAAAUGCGAGCCGGAUUGUAAAAACAAUGGAAUAUGUGUGGACACUAACACCUGCCACUGCCCCGCUAACUUCCACGGCCGAUUCUGCGAGUUCGAGAAGAAACCAUGUCUCGUAUACCCGCCGUUGCCAAUGAAUUCUAACAGAAGUUGUUCGCCAGACUUCUGCACAGUGCAGUGUUUGCCCGGACACAAGUUCAUCGACGGCACCACAGUAGCCAACAUGCGUUGUUUGGAGGGAGAAUGGAGACCCACCCGCGCUGACUUCUCCACCAUUCCGGACUGUGAGCCGGAGUGCAAUCCGGCGUGUCAGAAUGGAGGCAUCUGUCUCUCCAUCAACACCUGCCAAUGCCCUGAUGGAUACAGGGGUCCUCAGUGCCAAUAUUCUGCAAGUGCCUGCGACAUGCGUAAACUUGUCUUCAAUGGCGGAUACUCUUGUUUCGGUGAUGACGACACGUACUCUUGCAAGCUCAAUUGCCCCAGUGGCUCUUCAUUUAGCACUCCACCAGCGGCACGUUACACUUGCCUCUACAGCACUGGAGUGUUCGAACCGCAACCAAUACCUCACUGUGUCUUUAAUGAUGUUAUUGUAAUACAUCCAAGCAAUUACGAGAAUGUGAGCGUCUACGAGAGCCAUUACAAUGUGACCAGCUCGAGUCAGACCAGCUACGGUUACGGUCUCGGCCACAACCUUGAGUACGGUGGUAGGAAGGAGAACGCUGUGGUGGUGAUACAAGACAUGACGCCCAAAGGAGGCACCUGCCUCUCGUGGGCUGGAGUACAUUACAAAACCUUUGACGGCAAGAUUUAUAGCUUCGAGUCUCCCUGCGAGCAUAUCCUGUUACGGGAUGCUAAAGAACACAAGUAUACUGUGGUGAUCAAACACAACGAGUGCAAGAGGAAGCCGUACUGCCCCAGCGAACUCACCAUCUACUUGGAGGACAAACCGUACAUGCUUAGCGCUGGAGAGGAUGGUUCAGUGGUAUUCCGCAGCACCAAGCGGCUGCUGCCGAUGCCGGCGUCGCUGCCCGGCAUCCGCGUCUCCAUGCCGGCGGACUUCGUGCUUGUCAACCUUGACGCAGCCGGUGUCACCAUCAAGUGGGAUGUCAACAAUGUGGUUUUGGUGGACGGAACAGUCCAACUGUGGAACAACACAGAAGGUCUCUGUGGUACAUUGGACGGGAACCCAGAAAACGACAUGAGGACUAAAGUCGGAUCAAUUGCGAAGACCAAGUCUGCAAUGGCUGCGUCGUGGCAGGUCAACAAAAUUGGAGAUAUAUGUGAGGGUAGCCCCAGCGAGGUGAACGCAUGCGCUUCUAAAGCGGACGAAGACAUGAAGAAAGCUUUGCAGUUUUGCACAAAAGUAUUCAGCAAGGAGAAAUUCCGCAAGUGCUCCAAGGUUAUGGAUAUAUCGAUGCUACUUGAAACGUGUCAGUGGGACUACUGCGCCUGUACAAGUAGUUUGACUCCAGAAGAAUGCGCCUGCAGCACAGUAUCGGUAUACGCUAAGGAAUGCUUAAGACAUGGCGUUGAAGAAAUGAAGUCCUGGAGAGAUCCUGAUACCUGCCCUAUGCAUUGCCCCGAAGGCAAGCUUUACAAGUCAUGCGGGCCCGACAUCCAACCUAGCUGCGCAUUCCCCUCACCAACUAAAUCUGACAACUCCUCCUGUGUCGAGGGCUGCUUCUGCCCUGAAGGCCAGCUAUUGGAAGGCGGAAAGUGUGUUACCAAGGACGAGUGCCCUUGUCGCCUGAGGAACCGAAGUUUCAAACCGGGUUCGGUUAUACCUAAAGAUUGUAAUACUUGUACGUGUCAAGCAGGCGAGUGGACAUGCACACAAGUGGCUUGCGGCGCCCGCUGCAGUGCAGUCGGUGACCCUCACUACACCACGUUCGAUGGCCUGCGGUACGACUUCAUGGGACACUGCACCUAUAUCCUGCUCAAGACAGACAACGUCACUAUCGAAGUUGAGAAUGUUGCGUGUUCCGGUGCUAUCACUGAGGCUAUGAACUUAGCACCAUACAAAGGUGCUGGCAAACCAUCCUGCACCAAAUCAGUGACUCUGAACUACGAUGGGGCCAGUAUCCAUCUGAAGCAAGGCGGGUUUAUCCUCGUCAACGGCAAGGAAGUCACCGCGUUGCCGGUCACUGUAGGAAAGAUCAGGAUACGAGCUGCCUCUUCGCUCUUUGUUAUAGUGCAACUACCGAUUAAAGUGGACUUAUGGUGGGACGGAAGCACUAGGGUGUUCGUAGAUGUCCCACCGACGUUACAAGGAAAAACACAGGGUCUUUGUGGAACCUUAAAUCUGAACCAAAAAGACGACUUCUUAACUCCUGAGGGUGAUAUUGAGCAGUCAGCAUUAGCAUUUGCAAAUAAGUGGAAGACUAGAGAACUCUGCGAUGAUGUGGCCGCUACAGAACCAGAGCACCCUUGCAAAGCCAACAUUGAGAAUAAGGAGGCUGCUGAGAAGUAUUGUAGUAAACUGAAGAGUAAACUGUUUGAAGAGUGCCACUGGUACGAGGACGUGGAGCCGUACUACAGCGCGUGCGUGUACGACAUGUGCGCGUGCGGCGGCGACGUGCCGCGCUGCCUGUGCCCGGCGCUCGCCCACUACGCCUCGCAGUGCGCGCGCCUGGGCGUGCGCCUGCAGUGGCGCUACAGCGUCAAGGAGUGCGAACUGUCGUGUACGGGUGGACAAGAGUAUACGGUGUGUGCGGACAGCUGCCUGCGACAGUGCUCGGACCUGGCGCUGCAGGACACCUGCCGCCCCAGCUGCGUCGAGGGCUGCGCCUGUCCUCCAGGACAGGUUUUGGAUGACAACGGUGUAUGUGUGCCGGUCGGACUCUGUCCUUGCUACCAUAAGGGCAUGAAGUUCAAUGCUGAGUAUAAGGAAGUGAGACCUGGGAGACGGGAGAGAGAGCUGUGUACAUGCGUGGGUGGUCGAUGGGAGUGCAAGCCGGCAACUGAAGACGACAUCCAGAACUACCCGCCCGCCGAAGACCUGAAGAGCAACUGCAGUGCUACCGACCACAUGGAAUUCACCACAUGCGUCAUCGCUGAACUUCUCACAUGCAAGAACAUGCACCUGCCCCCGUCGAAGACCAGCGAGGAGUGCAGGCCAGGAUGCCAGUGCAAGAAGGGAUACGUGCUGGACACUAGCUCGAAGAAGUGUGUCCUGAGCACGCAGUGUCCGUGCCACCACGGCGGCCGCAGCUACCCCGACGGGCACGUCAUGCAGGAGGAGUGCAACACUUGUGAAUGCAAGAACGGCAACUGGUCGUGCACGACGCGGCGGUGCGCGGGCGUGUGCGGCGCGUGGGGCGACUCGCACUUGACCACGUUCGACGGCGCCGACUACGACUUCGAGGGCGUCUGCACGUACCUGCUUGCCAAGGGCGCUAUGGACUCUAACGAUGGCUUCGACGUCGAGAUACAGAACGUCCCAUGUGGCACUACAGGAGCGACAUGUUCCAAGUCGAUCACCCUUAAAGUGGGAAGUGGGGAUAACCAAGAGGUGGUCUCGCUUACCAGGAACGCGCCUCUACCUGAUGUCUCUAAAUUGAAAAGGAUCACGCUGCGCGAGGGCGGCGCGUACGUGUUCGUAGAGGCGGCGUCGCUGGGCGUGCGCGUGCAGUGGGACCGAGAGUUGCGCGUCUACGUCACGCUCGACUCGCUGUGGCAAGCCCGGGUGAAGGGUCUAUGUGGCAAUUAUAACUCGGACCUUCGUGACGACUUCCAAACCCCGUCGGGUGGUGGCAUCGCUGAAUCCUCGGCGCUUAUAUUCGCCGACUCCUGGAAAUUGAAGCCCACGUGUCCAAAAGCGGAACCCGUCACCGACUACUGCAAGCAGCGGCCGGAGCGUACCGAGUGGGCGGUGAGCACGUGCGGCGCACUGAAGCGGUACCCGUUCUCGCUGUGCCACAGCGAGGUGCCGGUGGAGCGCUGGCUGCAGCGCUGCACGCGCGACGCGUGCGCCUGCGACGCGGGCGCUGACUGCGCGUGCGCGUGCGCUGCGCUCGCUGCCUACGCGCACGCCUGCACACUACGCGGCGUCGCGCUGCGCUGGCGCACCCCACAACUCUGUCCAAUGCAAUGCGACGGCGAAUGUUCCAACUACGAUGCAUGCAUGUCACCGUGCCCACUGGAGACGUGUGACAAUACCAUCGACUACGCCGACAUCAAGGGCAACUGCGAACAGGACCCGUGUGUCGAAGGUUGCAAGCCAAAGAAGACUUGUCCAGAAGGUUCUGUAUACAGUAACAGUUCAUUUAUCGAAUGCGUACCUCGCGCCAAAUGCAAACCAUUAUGUAUGACCCUCCCUGACGGAAAAGAGAUACUGGAAGGAGAAAUCAUUGAAGAGGAUGCUUGCCAUACUUGUCGAUGCUCCAAGAAGAAUAGGGUCUGCACUGGCCAACCGUGUUCUACAAUAGCGCCUAGACUGAUUGAGAGUACUACAUCAAAACCGCACGAUGAGCCACUCAAAUGUGUAACCGGGUGGACAGAAUGGAUCAGUAGACAUACGCCGGAAGCUGGAACGAAUGGAGAAUCAGUUGAAAAAGAACCACUACCGGAAAUUAAUGAAUUGCAAAUCGGCACGUCGAUGUGCAGUAAGGAUAUGAUGACAAAGAUCGAGUGCCGCACGAAGGUGAACCAUCAGAGCCCGAAAGAGACCGGGCUCGACGUGGAGUGCAGCCUCGAGCGCGGCCUCCUCUGCAGGGAGACCGGCGGCACGUGCCCAGACUUCGAGAUACGAGUCUACUGCGAAUGUGAAGAACAAUUCCAAUGCUUGAAUGCCGACCGUCCAAGUUACGCACACCCAAAGAACUGUAGCCAGUUCUACGAAUGCACGCCAGACCUGCUGAACCCGGACAAGCCACACACCGUGCUCAAGUCGUGCGUGGAGGGCACCAUGUACAACAACAACACCAUGGUCUGUGACUGGCCCGCCAACGUCAUACCACUGCGACCCGAAUGCGGCGCACUUGAAAGUCUAGGUGCUGACACAACGCCGUUUAUUCCCGAAACAACCGUGACAUACCCUACAGUUGGCCAGUCAGUGUUGGAGACGACAGCGAUAUGCCCACCGGGACUCGUGUACUCUGACUGCGCGUACCCGUGCGACUCGCUCUGCGACCACUUCAAGAGCACCCUGCAGAACAGGAGCAGGUGCAUCCCUGGAGAGAAAUGCGUGGAGGGCUGCAUACCUUCUCAAUCCUUUUGCGGUGGUGCUACCAGAUGGCGCGACGAGAACACUUGCGUACCAAUAAAGGACUGCACAUGCUCUGACAAUUUAGAUCAAAUAGGAAAUAUUGUAAAGCCAGGAGGCGUUGUAAAGAAGGACUGCCGCAAGUGUCAGUGCCUCGAAAAUGAAUUGCACUGCGACUCUAGCCUGUGUACGAGCACCACUGAGGAAGUCACCAGCACCACAACAACAACCACAACUCCCAUUACCGUACCAUCGACGACCUUCGUACCAAUCACUAGCACCGUACCACCUACCGUCGCCCCCACAACACCGGCGACCACAUCGACACCGCUUAUUGUACCAAGUACAGUCUCGCCGCCACCUGAAUGCGCUCCUGAUAGAUACAAGAACCUAUUGUGGGGAGACGAGCCCCUGCAAGAAUCGGCGUUCAGUGCCAGCUCGGUAGCAAACGAGUUGUUCGAACCGCAAUACGCCGUGCUCAAUGGACACCCACUCGACGUCACUGCCGGUAGUUGGGCGCCGAAGAAAAUGGACAAGGAGCAGUACAUACAGGUGGAGUUCCCGCAGCGCGAGCCCGUAUACGGUGUCGUGAUGCAGGGCAGCCCACUCUUCGACCAGUAUGUUACCAGCUACGAAGUCAUGUACGGGGACGAUGGGAACGUCUUCUCGAUAGUCAGUGAGCCAGAUGGCAGCCCCAAGGUGUUCCGCGGUCCGGUGGAUCAUGAGAAGCCGAUGAAGCAGAUGAUCGAGCCACCGAUCGAGGCGAAGUUCGUGCGCAUCCGACCGCUCACCUGGAACGAGGAGAUUGCUGUCCGCUUCGAACUGAUUGGCUGCCAGGAACCCUCCUCUACCACUGAGUUCUCUUUCUCAAUGAGCACACCAGCACUGGAGUGCACAGAGCCUCUCGGUCUGGCGGCCGAACUGCCCAUAGAGAACAUCGAGGUGAGCUCCAACAACGACGCCCGCAAGUACUUCCUCCUGGACGGAGAACGUGGUUGGACACCGCUCUACAACACGCCCGGCGAAUGGAUCAUGUUCGACUUCACAUCUCCACGGAACAUAACCGCUAUCAAGACGCGAGGCGGUCCAACCGGCUGGGUUACCUCCUACAACAUAAUGUACACCUCGGACCUAUCCACCUUCAACCCAGUAUUAGACAACUCGGGCUCGUACAAACUGUUCCCGGGCAAUUUCGACAGUAACUCCUUGGUUGUCAAUCAAUUCAAACUGCCGAUACACGCAAGAUACUUAAAGGUACUGCCGCUGAAGUGGAAGAACGGCAUUGAGAUGAGAAUCGAGCCUAUUGGAUGCUUUGAGCCAUAUCCGCCGGCGACAGUGGCGCCAGUGCCGGUGGAGGAGGAAGUGGGCUCGACAGAGGGCGUGUGCGAGCCGUGCCCGGGCGUGCAGGCGGCGGGCUGCGCGUGCGGCGCCGGCCUGCACUACGACGGCGAGGACUGCGUGCCGCGCGACCAGUGCCCAUGCGUACAGUCCUUCAUGUCGUACGCUGUGGGCUCGACGUUCCGAGGAUCGAACUGUGACGACUGCGUGUGCAAGCUGGGCGGCAUUACUGACUGUAAACCCGUCAAGGAAUGCGUCUGCGCACCCGAACUAGUGCCUAAAUUAUCAAAGUCGACUUGUGAGUGUCUCUGCGAACCAUGUCCAAACGGUACAAAGAUCUGCCCCACCAGCAAACUCUGCCUUCCACUGGAGAAGUGGUGUGACGGUCUUCAAGACUGUCCUGAUGAUGAAGGAGCCAUCUGCACUACUACGACCUCGACGACCACCUCAACCACCGAACCGACCACUAUAGUUACAACAACCCGUAGACCUUUAGAGCAGAUGGUGGUCACCACCGUCGCUCCAACGUUACAAGCCAUGGCCCUUACCACUGCCACCAGCCUGACGACUGUCACCACUCCUAAACCGAUAGAAUGUCCGAAGGUGGAAUGUCCACCGGGUUACAUCGUCCGGUACACAUCCAACAGCGCUUCAAGUUACUCCACCACGUCGACCUCGGACCUUCCUCCGCCCAGGCCGCGCUAUUCCUAUCAGAGGUACUACAGAGGUGGUGGCGGGUUCUCCAAAGGUGGCUUCUCCAAAGGCGGGUACUCCAAAGGAGGUUACUCCAAAGGUGGUUUCUCUAAAGGUGGAUUCUCCAAAGGCGGUUAUGGUGGAUUUGGUGCCCCAGUCCCCCAAUCGAACCGGUUCACAUUGGAGAAGCCGGCUGCGAACUCGAGCCAACCUGGCGUGCAGGCGUGCCAGCAGUUCAAAUGCGUGCCGCGGCUGCCGCCCUACAGGCCGGGAGCCCGGCCCGCGCCGCUGGACUGCGCAGCGCCCGCCUGCCCGCCGCACUACUCGCUCAGCAUCGAGUCUGUCCCGGGCUCCUCCAGCGGGGACAAGUGCCCACAGUAUGUAUGCGUACCUCCGCCCGAGCGGCCGGUGUUCUGCAACGUGACAGGCCGCACCUUCACCACCUUCGACGGUGUUGAGUACAAGUAUGACGUCUGCUUCCACAUCCUUGCUAGAGACAACAGGUUCGAUGCCUGGACUGUGCUCAUCCGUAAGAAGUGUCGUUUAGAGGGCUGCCAAAACUAUCUGAUCGUACAUCAGGACGAUCAGCUGAUCAUGGUGAAACCGAACCUGAUGAUAGAAUACGACAACUACGAGUACACCGUCGAGCAGACAUCCAAGAUCUGUUUCCAGAAGAACAGCUUCGAUGUGCACCGACUCGGUAACGGACUGUCAAUCAAGUCCAGAAAAUAUAACAUCACUGUACUUUACUCGAGCGAUGGAGAUAUUAAGAUUGGGGUAUCUAAGAAGUACAUGGGGUCAGUAGACGGUAUGUGUGGCGCGUUCGAUGGUUCUCGUCACAACGAGCGGCGGCUGCCGGACGGGCGGCUGGCGACCAGCCUGGACGAGUUCGGCCGCGGCUGGGCCAAGCCCGGCCUGCCGCGCGAUGCCUGCCGCACCGCGGUCAUCGCGCAGGAGAAGCAGAAGCGCGCCUGGGACCUUUGUCACGUCAUCACGAAAGAACCCCUGUCCAAAUGCGGCAAAGUGCUCAAUCUGGACAAAUGGCGAAGCAUCUGCUUGGAGAAGAUAUGCGAAUGCGCAGACCUCGUAGUGAACGGUACUAAGAGAACGGAAGAGGAGUGCCGCUGCCUGCUGGUCGAGCAAAUGGUAGCCGAGUGCCUCGCUGCUGACAAAAAUCUAGAUGUUGCUGAGUGGAGGAUGCAGAUGGAUUGCCCGGCGGACUGUCCCCCGCCUCUCGUACACAACGACUGCUACCGCAAGCGAUGCGAGCCAACAUGCUCGACAGUGGGUGGUGGGAGUCGCUCUUGUCCCGUGGAGGAUGGACAGUGCUUCCCAGGCUGCUACUGUCCAGAAGGGAAGCUGCGCAAAGGAGACCAAUGUGUGCUGCCAACUGAUUGUCUCGACUGUACUUGCAAGGGCACGGGCACGCCGGCCAGCUACACGACGUUCGAAGGCGAUGAGUUCCCAUUCCUAGGCAAUUGCACAUACCUUGCCUCCAGAGACAGGAACGAGACCGGCCAAUACAAAUAUCAGGUGUAUGCAACAAAUGCACCAUGCGAAGGCAAAGCGGACGUAACGUGCACUAAAGCUGUCCACGUACUGUACGCAAACCACGUCGUGCAUAUCACCAAAGAUAACGACACGAACAAGUUGCAACUGACAGUCGACAAGACCCCGCAGUUCAAGUUUCCAUUGAAAAAGGACUGGGUGACCGCGACCCUGGUCAACGGGCAAGACAUCACGUUGCUAUUGACUGAAGCACAUGUUGAGGUUAGCGUGCUACUAUCGAAGAUGGAGUUCACAGUGAAUGUGCCAUCGUACAUAUACAGCAACCGCACCGAGGGCCUGUGCGGCGUCUGCGGCGGCCAGGAGGUCACGCUGGUCACCAGCAACGGUACCGUCACAGAGGACUUUGAUGAGUACGGCAAGAGCUGGCAGGCGAAGCCCGAGGCACUGGAGGCGCUGGACAUCCCGGCGCAGGAAGCGUGCGGCGCGCCGCCGCCGCCGCCCGCCUGCGUGCCGCCGCCGCCCGACAACAAUCCCUGCUACAGCCUCUACAAUGCUGCCUUGUUCGGAGAGUGCCACGCGCUAGUGGAUCCGCAGACAUACGUGGAGUCGUGUGAAGAGGAACAGUGCGCGCUGAACUCGAGCGACGCGUGUGCGACACUGGAGCGGUACGCGGCCGCCUGCCGCCGCCAGGGCGUCUGCCUGCACUGGCGGGACACGCUCUGCCCGUACAACUGUUCCAAACCUCUAGUGUACCGGCCGUGUGUGGACUGCGAACGAACUUGUGAAAACAAUGACGAGCUAAGUAAAGACCCGAAGAAAUGCAAGGCACAACCCGUCGAGGGCUGCUUCUGUCCAGAGGGACUGGUACGAGUGAACAACACAUGUAUAGAACCAAAUAAGUGCUUCCCGUGUGAUGCGAAGAAGGAGCACUAUGCUGGUGACGAAUGGCAGGAGAACGCGUGCAAGAAGUGCACGUGCAGCAAAGUGGAGGGCAGCAACGAGGCGCACGUGUCGUGCCAGACGCAGACCUGCAGCACGCCCGUCUGCGGCGACAGGGAGGAUCUCAUCGCACAGCCCACUAAGCCUGGAGCUUGCUGCAAGCAGUACGUCUGCGUACCUAAACCAAUAGAAACGACGUGCGAAGAACCAAAGAAAAUGGAGUGUGGAUUUGGGCAAAUAUUAAAACAGAAGACUACGCCGAAGGGAUGCAAAGAAUUCGCUUGCGAAUGUAAGCCAGCCAGCGAGUGCGAGCCAAUCCCGAGCGAUAACGAAGUGGACAUCAUCGAGCCGGGCAUGGAGCGGCUGGUGGACUCGUCGGGCUGCUGCCCCCGCGUGCAGUUCACGUGCCGCCCGGAGACCUGUCCCCAGAAACCCGACUGUCCGCAGUUCCACAACCUUACCACCACCAACGUGCCAGGCAAAUGCUGCCCCGAGUACAAGUGUGAGCUACCUACCGAUAAAUGCGUAGUAAGUUUAGAGUGGGAGGCUGCUGCCAAAGGUGGCGAGAAACCACGUAAAACGCCUGAAGUUAUUUUGAAAGACGUGGACGCGGUGUGGCUGGACGGUCCGUGCCGCUCGUGCCGUUGCGCGGCAAGCGGCGAGAGUGUGAGCGGCGGCGGUGGCGGCGGGGAGGGCAGGCCCCAGGCGACGUGCUCGGAGCUGUCGUGCGCGGCGCUGCCGGCGGACGCGCAGCUGGUGUGGGAGGCGCAGGCGGUGCCGUUCGCCUGCUGCCCGCGCGCCGCGCCCGUCGCCUGCCGCCACGGGGACGACAUCUACAGGGUUGGCGAAAACUGGACGUCUCCGUACAACCCGUGCGAGUCGUACGCGUGCGUAGAGGUGGAGGACGGCAAGCUGGACAAGGUGACCACUGUGCAGCGCUGCGACACCGACUGCCAAGCUGGCUGGAAGUACUUCCCAGCGGAGGAAGGCAGCGAAGAGUGCUGCGGGAAGUGCCGGCCGGUGGCUUGCGUGGUGGACGGCCGCGAGAGGGCCAUCGGUGAAAAGUGGACCUCCAACGACUUCUGCACCAACUACACCUGUGUCGACGUUAAUGGCACCCUCCAAGUGCAAUGCACAAAUGAGACGUGUUCGGAGGUCUCAGAAACGAUGAAGAAACUGUACGUGCUACAGGAACAGAGAGAGCCCGGCAAGUGUUGCCCUAAGUACGAGCCCGUCGCCUGUAAAGUAGGCGACAAAGUCUACAAGGAGAACGAGACAUGGCCAACGUCGGACCCGUGCAAGAAUGUUACAUGCUCGCGUGACGAGGAGGGCAAGCUGGUGCAAGCGGGCAGCGUGCAGCACUGCUCCCGCGAGUGCCAGCGCGGCCGCACGUACCAGCCGCCCGCCGCCGGCAGCGCUGUCUGCUGCGGACAAUGCGUUGCCACCGCCUGCAUCGACGGUGACCGUCUACGGAAACCCGGUGAGAGCUGGCAGUCGGAGGACAAGUGCACGACGUACUCAUGCGACCAAUCCGGCGACGAGCUGUCGGUAACCGUGGCGCGCGAAGCCUGCCCCGACGUGUCGGCCUGCGCCCCCGAGGACCUGGUCAACUCUACCUGCUGCCAGAUCUGCGUUGAGAAGCCGCACGCACUCAGUAAAUGUGUGCCGGAACCAAUCCCCGCGAAGGAAUCUGUGGGCCUGAUCCGGCUGCACGGCCCGCACGGCCUGUGCAUCAACAAGCACCCGCUGUCCGGCUUCAAGGAGUGCCGCGGGACAUGCGACUCGGGCACCAUCUUCAACAAUAAGACGGGCAGCCACGACUCGGCGUGCGAGUGCUGCCAGGUGGCGGCGUACUCGCGGCUCGUGGUGCAGCUGGCGUGCGAGGACGGCGUGCAGCUGCAGCACUCCGUCGCCUCGCCUGACCGCUGCGCCUGCCGCCGCUGCGGCGCGCAGAUCGCGCAGUGGCCCGCCACCACCACUGCAGGGUAUGCCGGCAUCAAGAACGGACUAUACAACUCCAGACCGGAGUCGUACGACGAGAUACCGGAGAUAUUCCAAAGGUUCGGUACAGAGAAGCCGAGCCGCAAAUAAAUGUCAUAUAACUAUAGCUUUUAAGUAAAUGACAAUAAAACAUAUUUUAUUUUAACGUGAAA